AUUUCCCCCAAAAUUCUCUUCUUCCUCCCCCCCCAUCCAUAAGCUCAUAGCUUCCGUCCAUCCAAAUAGAUCCGAAUUCGAUUCCCCUCAGGGCUUUUGAUCUUUUAGGGUUUCUCCCAAAUUUGUAUGGAAACUCCAACCUCUUCAGUACACAACCCUAAAAGAAGCUUCCUUUAUCUCUCUCUCUGUUGAUUCGAUCCUCGAAAAAGGAACAACCUUUCUUCUAGGGUUUUUUUCGAUCAUGGACCGUGCAUCUCAAUCGGAUCUCUCUUUAGGCUUCACUAACUCCCACGCCUUACCCCUACCUCCUCAGAGAAUCCCAAUCGCUGACGACUCAAUCACCCUUCAAAUCGACUCCAGCUUCCGCCCUUCCCUUAAUCCAACCCCUCCCGUCCCUCUCCAGCUCCUCGAGCAGAGAUUCGACUCCACCGGGUCUCGUACCCGCGUCCUCGUCGAUAAAGACGAAGACUUUGAAGAAGAAGAAGACGACGAUCAUCUGAGGGAAGAAGAGUUCAUCCUCUUGGGACAAUCUUUGAAGCUAAAACGAUGCAGAGGAACCAGCAGCAGCUCAAUGCGAUCACCAAGCCCGUGUAAACGAUUCGCAGUUGAUCCAGAGAGUAGACGAGCUUCCGUGAAAGCCUGGGGAGACCAGCCACUCUCACAAGCAGACCCUGAGAUCCACGACCUUAUGGAGAAGGAGAAACAUAGACAGUUUCGAGGAAUCGAACUCAUAGCUUCCGAGAAUUUCGUCUGUAGAGCAGUGAUGGAAGCUUUAGGAAGCCAUUUAACUAAUAAAUACUCUGAAGGCAUGCCUGGAGCUAGAUACUACACAGGCAACCAGAACAUUGAUCAGAUUGAGAAUCUUUGUAUAGAACGUGCACUCCAAGCUUUCGGUCUAAGCCCUGAGCAUUGGGGUGUUAACGUGCAGCCUUACUCUUGCACGUCCGCCAACUUCGCUGUUUUCUCUGGUCUUUUGUUGCCUGGUGAGAGGAUCAUGGGGUUGGAUUCGCCGUCUGGUGGGCAUAUGAGUCAUGGCUAUUAUACACCUGGUGGGAAGAAGGUGUCUGGUGCGUCUAUAUUCUUUGAGAGUUUUCCUUAUAAGGUGGACCCUCGUACAGGGUUUAUUGAUUACGAGAAGCUUGAGGAGAAGGCGCUUGAUUAUCGUCCCAAGAUACUUAUCUGUGGAGGGAGUUCUUAUCCGAGAGACUGGGAUUUUCCUAGGUUUAGGUAUGUUGCAGACAAAUGUGGAGCUGUUCUUAUGUUUGAUAUGGCGCAGAUUAGUGGUCUUGUGGCUGCUAAGGAAAGUCCAAAUCCAUUUGAUUAUUGCGAUAUAGUUACCUCAACGACACACAAGUCUCUCCGUGGACCUAGGGGAGGUAUCAUAUUCUACAGGAGAGGCUUCAAGGGCAAGAAGCAAAGCAUAAAUCUUAAUCACUGUGACAGCAAUAUCCAGUAUGAUUUUGAAGAGAAAAUAAACUUUUCUGUCUUCCCAUCGCUGCAAGGAGGUCCUCACAAUAACCAUAUAGCUGCUCUAGCCAUUGCCCUCAAGCAGGCCGCUUCACCAGAGUAUAAGGUUUACAUGCGACAGGUCAAGAAAAAUGCAAAGGCUUUAGCAUCUGCUUUGAAAAGUAAAAAUUGCAAGUUGGUAACAGAUGGCACUGAUAAUCAUUUGAUACUUUGGGAUCUAACUCCUUUGGGCUUGACAGGCAAGGUCUAUGAGAAAGUAUGCGAGAUGUGCCAUAUCACGGUCAACAAAGUCGCCAUAUUCAGUGAAAAUGGUGUUAUUUCCCCUGGAGGAGUGAGAAUAGGUAGUCCGGCUAUGACUUCAAGGGGUUGUCUAGAAUCAGAUUUUGAGACAAUGGCUGAGUUUCUGUAUAGAGCUGCCCUGAUAGCAAGUGCCGCACAAAGGGAGCUGGAGCAGGGGAAGUCGCAGAGGGAACCACUCAAAAGCAUCUAUCACUGUAAAGACAUUGCAGAUCUUAGGAACCAAGUUGAGGCUUUUGCUACUCAGUUUGCAAUGCCUGCGUUUGACAUGUGAGCAGCCUGGAAAGAAAGUGACAGCACAACCUCCCUCAUUUUUGUUGCCAUGCUGAGAAAGUUGGUAUCCUACUUGGGAGGCAAAGCAUGGAAUUCUGGUGAGAGUCUAAAAGCAUUUAGAUUCUCCAUGUUUUUGGUUUUGGAUAGUGACUUAUGUACUCAUCUAUAAUAUUAUAUUAACAUAUACACUUCUGUCUUCCAUAUUGUU